AUGUUUGAAUAUGACACAUUCACAUUUUCCGAUAAUGUUUCAAGGCUCCUGUAUGUUGUCACCGCUUUCUUUAAUUCGGUUUUAAUAUAUCUGACCUGUUAUCAAACGAAACAAAUUGUGGGCACCUAUCGGAACAUGAUUGUGAUAUUUGCACUAAUAGGAAUUUGGUUUACUACUUUGGAUAUUUUGGUUAGACCUCUGAUGCACUCUUAUAACAGCUGUCUCAUGUUUUUCACAUUGGGAGGUACAUUCAGAGAUUCAAAAACUGCCAAGGAGUAUGCUUUGUUAGUUUAUUCUACAAUAUACGGAAUAAUCAUAACUUUUCUCGCUGUUCAAUUCAAAUACCGCACUUGCGUUCUUGAACCUAAAUGGACAAAAUUGUUUGAUGGAUGGAAGUUGAUUUUUUGGAUUUCAUACAUAUUGCUUAUUGGUGUUAUUUGGGCCAUCGCUACGUGGAAUACUCUUUCCAAUGAAACAAGUCAUAGCUAUUUACGAAAUGAGGUGUUUUCCAAAUACGGCGUCGACGUCAGAAAUCUUGCAUAUUUUGCAAUAAUUGGUCGUCUAGAAAAUGGAACGCUCCAUUGGAAAAGCUUUGGUACAGUUGUCACUUUCAUAAUAGGUAUCUCAAUGCAAUAUUCUGUAUGUAUGGUUUGCGGGAUUAUAAUGUACCGGAGGAUUGAAGGAAGUACAUCUUCAACUUCAAAUCAAUUUCAAAAACUUCAACAUCAAUUUUUCAAAUCCUUGCUUUAUCAGAUAGCAGCACCUUUUAUUUGCUUCCAUCUACCAUGCUAUUUCCUGUUCGUCCUUCCAUUUUUUAAUUUGAAAAUAAGUUUUCGAUCAACUAUUGUAGUUUACGGAUUUGCUAUUUAUCCCGUAAUUGACUCUCUUAUUUUACUCACCGUGAUCUCAGAUUACAAAUUUGCAGUUCGAAGGAUUUAUAAAAACUAUUUCAACGAUGUUUACGGUGAAGAAACACGCACUCAAAAUAUUGCGUUGGAAAGAUUUACAACUCCAUCCAUUUCUUAG